AUGGCCGGCUGCUGCUGCUUGUCGGCGGAGGAGAAGGAGUCGCAGCGCAUCAGCGCCGAGAUCGAGCGGCAGCUUCGCCGGGACAAGAAGGACGCGCGCCGCGAGUUCAAGCUGCUGCUGCUGGGAACUGGUGAAAGUGGCAAAAGCACCUUUAUCAAGCAAAUGAGAAUCAUCCAUGGGUCUGGUUACAGCGAUGAAGAUAGAAAGGGGUUCACGAAGUUGGUUUACCAAAACAUAUUCACCGCCAUGCAAGCCAUGAUCAGAGCCAUGGACACUCUGAGGAUACAGUACGUGUGUGAGCAGAAUAAGGAAAAUGCCCAGCUAAUCAAAGAAGUGGAAGUGGACAAGGUCUGCGCCCUGUCCAGGGACCAGGUGGAGGCCAUCAGGCAGCUCUGGCAGGACCCAGGAAUCCAGGAGUGUUACGACAGGAGAAGGGAGUACCAGCUGUCGGACUCGGCCAAAUAUUACCUGACUGACAUUGACCGGAUCGCCAUGCCGUCGUUCGUGCCAACACAGCAAGACGUGCUUCGCGUCCGAGUGCCCACAACCGGCAUCAUUGAGUAUCCGUUUGACUUGGAAAACAUCAUCUUUCGGAUGGUAGAUGUUGGUGGCCAGCGAUCUGAAAGACGGAAAUGGAUUCACUGCUUUGAGAGUGUCACCUCCAUUAUUUUUUUGGUUGCUCUCAGUGAAUAUGACCAGGUCCUGGCUGAGUGUGACAAUGAGAACCGCAUGGAGGAGAGCAAAGCCUUAUUUAAAACCAUUAUAACCUACCCCUGGUUUCUGAACUCGUCUGUGAUUUUGUUCUUAAAUAAGAAGGAUCUUUUGGAGGAGAAAAUCAUGUACUCUCAUCUAAUUAGCUACUUUCCAGAAUACACAGGACCGAAGCAGGAUGUAAAAGCCGCCAGAGACUUUAUCCUGAAGCUGUAUCAAGAUCAGAAUCCUGACAAAGAGAAAGUCAUCUAUUCUCACUUCACAUGUGCUACAGACACGGAGAAUAUCCGCUUUGUGUUCGCUGCUGUGAAGGACACAAUUCUCCAACUCAACCUGAGGGAAUUCAACCUGGUUUAGAAGCUGCUGCCCACUCCUCACCCCUCCCAGAAGACAGGAUUUGCAAGCUCCGCCCGUUUUAUUUGCUAGUGCUUGUGACGUCACCCACCAGAUUGGUGGCACCAAGCCGGCCAUGCGGGCCCCAGGGACAGGUGAUGGACUUUGUGAGAUAUUUUGAGUUUAGCC